AUGUCUUACAAAUUAGUAGCCUUAGGUAACCCAUUAUUGGAUUUACAAACCAACGUCGACGCUGAAUACUUGAAAAAGUACGACUUAAAAGAUAAUGAUGCCAUCUUAGCUGAAGACAAACAUGCUCCAAUUUAUCAAGAAGUUUUAGGUAAACAAGAUUUACACUUACUUGCUGGUGGUGCUGCUCAAAACACUGCUAGAGGUGCUCAAUAUAUCUUACCUGCUGAUUCCGUUGUCUAUUUCGGUUCUGUUGGUAAAGAUGUUUACGCUGAAAAAUUAGUUGAAGCUAAUAAGAAAUAUGGUUUAAGAACUGAAUAUCAAAUUCAAGAUGAUAUUCCAACUGGUAAAUGUGCUGCUUUAAUUAAUGGUGCUCAUAGAUGUUUAGUUACUGAUUUAGGGGCUGCUAAUCAUUUUACUGCUUCUCAUUUCGAUAAACCAGAAAAUUGGAAAUUUGUUGAAAAUGCUUCUCAUUAUUAUAUUGGUGGUUUCCAUUUAACUGUUUCUCCAGAAGCUAUUGUUAAAUUAGGUAAACAUGCUGCUGAAAAUAAUAAAGUUUUCGCUUUAAAUUUCUCUGCUCCAUUCAUUGCUCAAUUCUUUAAAGAUCCUUUAGAUGCUGCUUUACCUUAUGUUGAUUUUGUUAUUGCUAAUGAAUCUGAAGCUGAAGCUUAUGCUGAAUCUCAUAAAUUAGAUGUUGAUCCAAAGGAUGUGGUUGCUAUUGCUAAAGAAGUGGCCAAAUUACCAAAGAUUAACACCAAGAGACCAAGAACUGUUGUUUUCACUCAAGGUACUCAACCAACUGUUACUGUUACUUAUAAUCCAGAAACUGAAGAUUAUGAAGUUCAAGCUUUCAACGUUAGAGAAUUAGCUUCUGAAAAAGUAGUUGAUACUAAUGGUGCUGGUGAUGCUUUUGCUGCUGGUUUCGUUGCUGCUUUAGUCGAAGGUAAAUCCACUGCUAAAGCUGUUGAUGUUGGUCAAUGGGCUGCUGCUUUAUCCAUCCAAGAAGUUGGUCCAUCCUUCCCAUUCCCAAAGCAAACUUACAGUGCUUAA